UCUUCUCUGGUCCAUUUCAGUGAAACCGUACUUCAUCAACGAACCGACGGACAUUACCGUACUGGUCGGGCAGCGGGUCCAGUUCCAGUGCACCGUGGGGGGCGAUCCGCACCCGCAGAUUCUGUGGAAGAAGGAGAACGGGCACAUUCCGGUCGGAAGGGCGGAGAUUCUGGAAGAGGACCGCAGCCUGGUCAUCAAAAACGUGGCCCAGGACGAUCAGGGCAUCUACAUAUGCGAGGCGCACAACACGGUCGGUCAGAUCAACGCCAAGGCUCAGCUGGUGGUUAACUCUGCUCCAACGUUUAUAAUCAAGCCUCAAGAUCAGCGGACGAACCUGAACGGGGUAGCCACUUUCAAGUGCACGGCCUCCGGUAAUCCACCGCCAUCUGUGUUCUGGACCAAAGAGGGCUCCCAAACCUUGAUGUUCCCCAACAAUACCUACGGCAACAUUCACAUCUCCAGUCAAGGAUCCCUCCAGGUCCGGGGAGCCCAGAAGGAGGACGACGGUUACUUCGUCUGCUCGGCCUUGAGCGUGGCCGGAUCUACCACUAGCAGGGCUUAUCUUCAGGUCACUAGUUCGUUUGACAGCAGUCCUCCACCUGUUCUACAAGAAGUCCCAUCGAAUCAGACCCUACCGCGGGGCAGCGUAGCCAUGCUUCCUUGUCGCGGGUCUGGUCCCACAAGUCCGAAAAUCUACUGGAAGAAGAACACCACCGAUAUUACCGCCCUUGGGCCACGCUUCACCAUCGUUCAAGGUGGAACGCUGAAAAUUGACGAUCUGCAACCUGAGGACUCCGGUUGGUACUCGUGUGUUGCCUAUUCCGAAAAGGGAGAAACAUCAUGGAGUGCAUUUCUGCAGGUCGAGAAAAAUCUAUCCGCCAUGCUGCAUCGCACGGGGGGCAGUCCGGAGCUACUCCCGGUGGCGCCAUCAAUACCCAAAGCAGUCAACAUCACCAACAGCAACGUGACGCUGAUGUGGACCAAAAUCGGCGGGGAAGAUCCAUCGCAGGAGAAGCUGUGGAACAACCCCGUCAGUGGCUACAUGGUGGAAUAUUACAGCCCCGACGAGAAGAAGGGCUGGAUCCGGGCGGUGCGGGUUCCUGGAAACACUGCCACGAUCACAAACCUCUCGCCGUCCACGUCGUACAUCUUCGUGGUGCGGGCGGAAAACGCUUACGGUUACUCGGCUCCGUCUCCGCUGUCCAACCUGAUCCGGACGCUCUCGGCAGACGAUGGCGUCACCAUGCCGGAAGAGCUGGAAGCCGCCCGGAUGGUGCUCAACGGGAAGAUUCUGGAGCUGGUGGAUGCCGUCGCGAUAAGCUCCACAUCCGUUCGGCUCGAGUGGCAGCUGCACAUCUCCAGCACUGAGGAGUACAUCGAAGGGUUGUACGUGCGGUACCGGGAUUUGGGGGCUAAUUCCCAGAAGUACAGCAUGCUGACGAUUCCGAACAAUGCUGCCGAGAUGCACGUCAUCACCAAUUUGGACAAGUUUACGAGGUACGAGUUUUUCCUGACGCCGUUCUUUAAGAAUGUUGAGGGGCAGCCGAGUAACUCGAAGGUGGUGCAGACGGCGGAGGAUGCUCCAACGGCAGCGCCGGUCAACAUCCAAACGGGUAUGCUGAAUUUGACGGCCGGGUGGGUCAAGUGGUCUCCACCACCGGUUGAGCAUCAGAACGGGGUGCUGCUGGGGUAUAAAAUUCAGGUCAAGGCAGGAAACUCAUCGAAGACACUCGCCUCGAUGACGCUGAAUUCGACAACUACCUCAGUUAUGCUAAAUAACUUGACGACCGGAGCGACCUAUCGAGCGCAGAUCGUUGCGUUCAACCGAGUCGGAGCGGGACCGUAUUCCAAGCCAGCAUACUUGAUCAUGGACCCAGCACACGUGAUAGCUCCUCCUAGAGCACAUAAUUCUCUCAGCGAUAUCGGAGGCUAUCGACAUCACAACUUCAUGCACGAGACGUGGUUUAUGGUAUUCGUAGUACUCGCCUUGUUGAUCAUUUUGACCUUCACCGUUGUUGGAGUGGUCGUAUUCAUCAAGAAGCGACAGAACAUGAGCAAAGCAAUGGUUACCGUGCCGGUCAUAACCAGUGGGGACUUGGCUAGCAUGAACCUUACCCGAAAGGACUGCCUCUGGAUUGAUCGAGGCUGGAGGUCUACCGAUACUGAUAAGGACUCCGGUUUAAGCGAGAUGAAACUGCUGGAGAGUUCACAGAAUCCGUCCAACUACACGGAUGUUGGGACGGACUAUGCUGAAGUCGAUCCCAGGAAUAUCGUUUCGUUCUACAACUGUAGAAAGUCUCCGGACAAUCCUUCGCCAUACGCAACCACAAUGAUUAUGAACGGUCUUCCCAACGAGAAUGGGAAGCUUCCGUAUCAGAACGGACACGAAGGGUACUCAUCGGCCAACUCCAGCUUAAGGUCGGACAUUCCAUAUGGUCCAGGAAAUCCGAAGCCCUUCGCAAUGCCCUACAGUACUGCCCCCUCUAACUGGAUCGACUUCCUACCCCCUCCACCGGAACACCCGCCACCCAUUCCGCAAGCUCUAGACCACCAUCUGCAUUUGAACCACGUUUACCCAUCGGAGCUCAUUGGAACCACCACCAGUUCUCAAGGCUCGCGAUGUGGUUCGGGUCUUUCGACAAGCUAUAACGCUCACCACUCAUAUCAAUACGUAGAUCCGUCGCUCCUGGGACGCGGCUCAUCCCGAAGCAGUAGCAACGAACUCCGUAGCCCACCGACUCAGCUACCACCGCAACCUCCAACGCAUCUAUACCUGCCGCAUCCACCACAUUCCGCUUCAUCUCUCACCAACGGUUCCAACCCCAGCGAAGUCUACUUUAACGAUGACAUCUACAACAGUCCGGUCAAAAGCAACGAUCCUCCCGGAAUAGGUCCACCGCUACCUCCACCAUCGCAGCACUUCAAAAUGCCAAGUUCCUCGUCUGCCUCGUCCAUUUCCUGCUGUCCGUCGAAUCAGUCCCGUGGAAGCCAACAGCAGCAGCAGCAGCGGUAUCAGCAGUUCCAACAACAACAGCAAGCCCACCAGGACUUCCUGGACUACCAACAGCAGCAGCAACAGCACCAACUGGGGCACGCACUGGUUACGCCUCCGGCGGAGAUGCACAUUCAGCAUCAGAAACGAUUAUGCGGUAGCUGCGAUGCCAUUCCAGGUGGUGGAGGCCCAUCAAUGAAGCCCUACCCGCACGGCAUCGGAGUAACAUCAGCGGGGCCGGGUGAAUCUCACCUUCAACCGCAUCAUCGACCUCCACUGUUGCACAGCGUCAGCCUCAGCAACGGGCACUCCACCGAACAGCAUCAGCAGCAGCACGAAAACGCCACCAACUGCUUCAAUGGGACCUGCUCCUCGGAUGGUUCCGGCACCGGAAGCAGCGGAAGCGGUGGCUUCUCUCAGCGAUCCAAGUUCGCCCGCAAGGUGCAUGUAAAUAUCGAAAACGCCAUCAAUGGAAACUAUCAUCACAAUCACCCACACCAUCACCAUCAUCACCAUAAUCAUCAUCACAAUCAACAUAAUCACCAUCUGAACGGGCAGCAUCAGCAGCAGCAACAGGAGACGAUCAGCGAACAUGAAGAGACUGAAAACGACAAAAUGCUUAAUAGUAGUUAUAGUUGUGACACGGACGGCGGUGACGGUGAAGUGACGACGCUGAGCAACGGUUGCGGCCUCGGGCGGGACGACUGCGAGGACGACGAUACAUGUUGCUCGUGCAGCGAGGAGGGAUCCUUCCUGUACGAGGAGCCGAUUCAGGUCAAGUAGAGAUCCGUUGCCGUGACGGCGCUGGCAGAGGCUAACGUUCCUAUGUAAUUAUACUCUCUCUCUUCCUCGAUGAGGUGCACUGCCGUGUGCAGCAUU